CAGAUGACAGAUGUCACAUUCACAUGUGAAUUGUGAAUUGUGAAAUUUUAUUUUAUUUGCAUUUUGCAAGCAUUUUGCAUGUCCAACACUCGUCCAAAUAUUACUAAACGCUUGAGUUUAAUCAAUUUAACUUAAAAAUAUUUAUUAAACUUCUUCUUCGUUCGUAGGAAGUGCACAUUUGUUUUUGAGGGCUUCGUUAUUCGUAAAUCAAUAGUGCCUUUUCAGUUUCCGUGGGUACCGCAUUAUGACUGAGAAAGUUGUGGAUAUAGGUUUUUUAGAAGAGAAGGAAGCUUGGCUUUUACACCCAAGGUUUUUCCCAAGUAAAGUUGGAGGCAAACCAGCAUGGCUAGAAUUAAAAAACACUCCUGCUCCAUCUGAACUAACCUGUAAACAAUGUAAUGAAGUUAUGAUAUUUUUAUGUCAAGUUUAUGCACCAUAUGAGGAAAGAGAUGACGCUUUUCACAGAACUAUUUUCAUUUUUGUGUGUAAAAAUGGAGGAUGUUGCCGCCCAAAUUCAUCAAAUAACUUUAAGGUGUUCCGUAGUCAGUUACCACGGAAAAAUGAUUUCUAUUCCUUUGAACCCUAUGAGGAAAACAAAAAUGAGAAAUUUGCUAUGGAUAAAUGGCCAAAAUUAUGUAACGUUUGUGGUGUCAAGGCACCUUCCCAUUGCUCAAAAUGUAAGAAAGAAUUCUACUGCAGUAGAAAGCAUCAAAUAAUACACUGGCAAAAAGGUCACAAGGAAUUGUGUUCCAACUCAAAUGAGAUGAAUGAUUGCAACUUCAUAGUUACAGAAGCUGCAAAAUCAUUUCUUUUUAAAGAAUGGGAGCUAAUUGUGGAUGAAGAAGAUCAGGAAGAAGUUAAAAAUGUGGAUACAAAUCAGGAAAUGGAAAAAUUACGACAGUUGAUACAGGAAAAAAAGGCAGGCACUAUGAGUGACUUGAAUGAGAGUGAAUUGGAAGAGUACACUGGGAAAAUGCCAGAAGAUAAAGUAUUUAACAAAUUCAGCAAGAGAAUAGCACGGCACCCAGAUCAAGUCUUGCGCUAUGAUAGAGGUGGUGUUCCCUUAUGGAUAACAGCGCAAUCGGAUAAUAUUGAUAUCCCCAAUUGCCCAUACUGUAAUGAACCAAGACAAUUUGAAUUUCAGAUUAUGCCACAGCUCCUUAAUUUUAUCAACAUUGGAAUUGAGAUCAAUAGCAUUGAUUGGGGUGUAUUAGCUAUAUACACAUGCAAGUCAAGCUGUAACGAAAGUCCUGCAUAUAAAGAAGAAAUACUAAUCAAACAAGAUUUAAGUAAUUAAUAGUUUAUUAUCUACUUCUAAGUUUGUAAUAUAAAUUAUUUUAUACA